UCUAGGGUUAGCUGGGUGGAUUAAAUCGAAUAAAUGUUUAUGUUUGAAAAUGUUAUUAACAGGCUCCUGCUCCGUAAGUUAUGUGUUUUAUUUAUUCUCAGAAGAAGAAGCUCAACUCAUAGCACCGAACCAGCGAAGCAGUUGAAACAAGUUUGUUGUUUUGCAUUGGUGUUUGAAAGCAGAUUAGCCACUAAAUUAGCGUUGACUAAUGUAGCUCACGUCAGGUUAGACUGCAAGCUAGCUAUACUAACUAAACAACUAAAUCCCUAAACUAGCUACAUUUGAACAAAAUAUUAGGCUUGCUAGGGUAGCUAACUAGUGUAAAGACUGAAGUGCUGCGUAAACUAGGUUAGCUAACUAGCUAGCUAGCUAACGAUAUCUGUCUAAUUUCAAUGUAGCAAUCUAAAGUUAAUCAAGCUAGGUUCGGUAAGUAGAAAGCGGACAAUAACUAGCUGGCUAGAGUGGGUUAUUUCAAAUACUUUUCCUGUAGCUAUAUAUUUUUAUGUUCGUUAGGAAUAGCACACAUACACAGCUGAUGAAGGACCUCUGUCAGAAACGUUCUGUUUCUCUGCAAAUUGUGAACUUUACCACAAUUUUAAAUCACAAUUUUGAGUGAAACUGACUUUCAAACUGUUGCUAUAAUUUUAAAUGCAAUAGCUAUAUACAAAAUAAUUGACUAUUUCAUUAAAAACGAAUGAACAUGCUUUGUAAUCAAAGGAAGUUUUGUCUUCGCUAAUAACUAAGUUAUUUCUGGUAAUUUAUUGUUUUAUAGCAGGUUGUUGCCAGAUGAAGGAAGUAUUACAGUUUUUCAUGCCAAUUCAGUUUAACUAUUGUUUGUUUUAUAUAUAACAUAAAGUAGUUUUAUUCCAUCAAAAGAGAAUAAAGCCAGCAGAAUAUUUCAUUUUGUACAGAUAGUGUCCUUUACCUUGCAUUGAGUUUGAUGUCACAUUCACAAUGGCUCAGUCCAGUGCCACAAAAGUUGCAUGGAAACUCCUCGCUUGCUGGCCACUGGAGGAGAAGACUGCAGAGUCAACAUCUGGGCUGUCAACAAACCUAACUGCAUUAUGAGUUUAACAGGCCACAACACCCCUGUGGAAUGUGUCCAGUUCAGUAGCUCUGAGGAGCAGGUGGUGGCUGGCUCUCAGUCAGGCUCUCUGCGGGUCUGGGACCUGGAAGCUGCCAAGAUACUUCGUACAUUAACAGGGCACAAGGCAAAUAUCUGCAGUCUAGACUUCCAUCCAUUUGGGGAGUACCUGGCCUCAGGCUCCAUGGACACUAACAUUAAGCUGUGGGAUGUGAGGAGGAAAGGAUGCGUGUUCAGGUAUAAGGGGCAUACUCAAGCGGUGCGGUUUUUGGCCUUUAGUCCUGAUGGGAAGUGGCUUGCUUCAGCCAGUGAUGACAGCACAAUUAAGCUGUGGGAUUUAACAGCCGGGAAGAUGAUCACAGAAUUUACAUCACACACCUCAUCUGUCAGCAUUGUCCAGUUUCACCCUAAUGAGUACCUUCUGGCUUCAGGGAGUGCUGACAGGACCAUAAAGCUGUGGGAUCUGGAGAAAUUUGAGAUGAUAGGCUCCUCAGUAGGAGAAACAGGAGUUGUAAGGUGUGUGUUGUUCAGUCCUGAUGGUAGUUGUUUGUACAGUGGCUCAGAGGACACACUGCGAGUGUAUGGCUGGGAACCUGACCGCUGCUUUGAUGCAGUGCAUGUAGCUUGGGGCAAGGUGGCUGACCUUGCAAUUUGCAACAAUCAAAUGAUUGGAGUGUCUUACAGCCAGAUGAAUGUGAGCCUGCAUGUUGUGGAUCUCAGCCGAGUAAAGAAAUCAGGAUCCGUGAUCCAAGGACUAAUUCAGGACGAUAAGCCACUUGCAGUUCCCACUCCUAAAGGAACAACACUACGCCGUAACUAUGAGCGAACCAAUACAUCAUGCAACAGACAGAAAAUGAAGCAGAACCCAGAUGCAGACAGGCGCAGUCCUGAGGGGGAGAGGCGUAGCCCAAGCAGUGAGGAGGAGCGUGAUGAGAAAGAGAGCAGUGCAGAAAUCACCAAUCCAGAUGAUUACAGAGAGAUCUUUCAGCCCCGCAAUGCCAUCUCACGCACACCUCCCAAAACGAAUGAACCCUUCCCUGCCCCACUUGAGGAUGACACCAUUUUAUUAAAGCCCAGUCCAGCUGCAGAGAUCCUUACUCCAAUGCCUGACAGACUGAAGGCACCCACUGCCUCCUCCACGCCUGUUCUGAGAGUGGAGCCCACGGUUGUAGUUGCCGUCCCACGACCACCCAAUUCUGUGGUAACAGCGUCGCUCGCUCCUCCCUCAGGGCAUGUUGUACCUACAUCCAAACUCAAACCCAAUUCAGCCGUCAUCCCCUCUACACGCAAUGAGCCUGUUGGCCUUAAUGCAGGGGACUUCUUACCACCUGCACAAAGUGGUAAGACCAGUGUCGCAUCUGAUGAAGAGGCACUGGUUCAGAUCAGAAAAGGGCACGACACGAUGUGUGUGAUGCUAACCAGCCGACACAAAAAUCUUGACAUGGUGCGGAUUGUCUGGGCUAGAAAUAAUAUCAAGGCAACACUUGACUCUGCUGUGUCCAUGAAUGAUUUGUCCAUUGUGGUGGACGUCCUCAAUAUAAUCAACCUUAAACCGUCACUUUGGAAACUGGACACCUGCAGCUCAAUCUUACCUCAGAUUGAGGAGCUCUUGCAGAGUAAAUAUGAGAGCUAUGUGCAGACUGGAUGUACCUCUUUAAGACUGAUUCUGAAGCGUUUUUGGCCAUUGAUUUCAGACACCUUAACCGCUCCUCCAUCUGUUGGAGUGGACAUUACACGGGAGGAGAGGCAUCAAAAAUGUAAGGCAUGCUAUAAGCAGCUGAAGAACCUCAGUAAUGUCGUAAAGCUCCGGGCUGAGCAAGUUGGUCGUCAUGGCAGCACUUUCAAAGAAUUGCAGCUACUUAUGGCACCACUGGACUAUUAACACACGCACACUACUGGUGAAAGCACUGUGUGCCUAAAGACUUGAUUGUGUCUGCAGGCUGUAAUGUUGGCAGCAGUCUGCAAAAACCAAAACAGCCUUUUUUUUAAAAAAAAAAAUGCAAAAAAAAAAAAAAUGUAAAAAAAAAAUGCAGUUGUAUAGAUCCAAAACCACUUUUGCUUGGUAUGUGUAUUUCUAAUUUUGAAUCUCGUAAGACAUUAGACCUGUAACAUCAGAAGCAAUGUUUUGUCUGAAUAAAAUGUAUUUGAUCCAUCUUACAAUUUGUGAUCAGUAAAUGCAUGAUACUCCCUUGAAUUUACAAGUUGUGUAAUUUUCAUGUAAAUAUGCUACAAGUUUAGAAUGUAUAAAUACUAAAGUGUAUGCUUUUUUAAAAUAUAAGACUAAAACAUUAAUAGGGUAACUCAUUGUAACUUAUGUCUCAAGUUGGAAUCUUACUAAAAUUAAAAAGGACUAGCUAGGGAAAUGUCAAUUGCUAAUGUACAUAACAUUUUUAUCUGCUGUACUGCAGAUAAAAUCAAAGAAUAAGACUAAUGUAAAUACUUUUGAUUAUUUUAAAACUAGAUUACUACUGUACUUUUUCUUUGUAGUAUAUAUAGACUGGUAUAAGAGAUUUGUGAAAAAAAAAAUUUUUUUAACUGCUUAAUGAAUUUUUCACUUCCCAAGACAUUUUUUUUAAAUAAAUAAAACUUCAAGCUGCUAUACAGACCACUUUCAUUCAAGCCAUUCAAUUAGAUAACAUUGAUAACUGUAUUCUAUUUUAUUGUCACUCAACAUCAUGUAGUUACCUCACGUUUCCAAAAUGGCACCAGUCCAUUUUCACAUUAGCAUAUUGUUGAGGAGAAAAAAUAUUUAACAAAGAUAAUGCUAUAUUCUCAGAAUAUAGAUUAACUUUGGUAAUAACGGUAUCAUGCUUUGCAUACUUUAUACCUUGACUUAAAAAUGCAGUUUAGAAAACUAUGAGGCAUUCUAAGAACAGUUGAUGGUUGCGCUUUGAAGCUCUAUCGGCUCAUGCGCCCUCAAUUUCUGAAGGCAGGGUCCCUGUUGGUAGCUGUACUUUCCACUGAUGAUGGCAUGUCUCACUUACUAGUGGGCUUGAUACAACAGUAGCAGCAAUCCAUUUUUUUAAAGUGAGUAACACUUCAAAAUGAAAUAGUGCCCUAAUCAAAAAACAAAACACAGAUGCAUUUUUUUAACCCCGACCCACAAAAAUAAUCAGGUGAACCCUGAGCAAAAGAGUGGGGAAGUGAUGGAAGGAGAAUGAGGGCAAAAAGUCAAAGAAAAAAAAAA